UUCCCACAGAUAAGGAGCGUACAAGUGCACACAGGCCGCGGUGAAAUUAUUUGAUAAGAUCCCAAGGAGCCUUGUGCCAGUUCUCAGGAAUUCCAGUCAUGUGUGGUCGGAGAAACAAAAGCCAGGAGGCCUGCGCCACCAUGGAGGCUAAAGAAAUCGUCCACUGUGCUCUGCAGAUAGAGAGAGCCAAUGCAGACAGAAGCUAUGGGAACAUCUUGACCCUCCUCUGUGACCUUGAUAAGAUGCACGUCACAGCAGAGCAGCUGGAAGCGACGGACAUCGCCAAAGUUCUCUACAAUCUCCUGAGAAGCUGCUCUGACGGCAGUGUGAAGAAGAAGGCAAAGAGAUUGUUGUCCAAGUGGAAGAGGCAGUACAGCAAAGACACCCGAGGUGUGAAAAGCUCAGGGCAGAGCGAGGAUCCGGAGCUCCCUUGCAGGGUUGAUGCCCGCGGAGAUGGAGGGGUUUCCAAGCAGGGGGAUUCUCACUGUGGUUCAGCACAGUCAUGUGAGGAGGAGAGUGUGAAGUGUGAAGAAGCAUCAUCCUCAGGGGCAAAAGAUGACCUCGGCACUCUUUCCCUCCCUGCAGAAAGCUCAUCUUCGUCCUCACACUUGUCACCCGUAAGAUCCAAGUGUGUCCAGCUCCUCCUGGCCGCCCUCUGCCCUGAACCUCCUGAUCAACGCGAGGCUGCAGAGCUGGCCAGAGACAUCGAGCGGCACGUCCACGAGCGCCACCAAUCCAGCCAGGUCAAAUACAAAGCCUGCGUGAGGAGCAAGGUGGCCAACAUGAGGAACCCUAAGAACAGCCAUCUUCGUCAGGGCCUCCUGAGCGGCUCGCUGUCGGCCGAGGCCUUCGCUUGGAUGUCUGCAGAGGAGAUGGCCAGCGCAGAGCUCCGGCGGCUGAGGGCCGAGUACUCGUCCCGCGGCGUGAGCGAAAGGCAGCUUCCUCAAGGUGUAGAAGGGACGCAGACACAGAAGAUCCACUGCAAAAGGUGCGGGGGGUCGGACUGUAGGGUGACGCAGGUGUCCAGGGGGGCCCUUUUCCUGCCAGCGUGGGUGAGGCGGGGCGGCCCUGACGAGGACGCAAUGACUUUUGUGACCUGCAGCGGUUGUGGGCAGCAGUGGUACCACAGCGGCUGGGUCUGCCUCUAAUUCCAAGUGUCCAUGAACCUAAAAAACACAAGUUUACACAUUCAUGCUGCUUCUGCACCUGAAACUAUUCUGACAAUUAAUUUUUCAAGCAAGAAUGACAAAAAUGUUCUUCUUCAGCUUCUUAUAUGAGAACAUUUGCUGGUUUUCUUUGAUCGCAAACAAAAUAUCUUCGGGUUUAAAACUGUCAACCAGACAAAACAAGACAGCAAACUGCAUUCUGGGAAACUGUGAGGGGUAGUUUUCACUACUUUCUGACAUUUUAUUGACCAAAUGUUAGUUGUUAGUUAAUCCCGGAAUGACAGUCUUGAGAUUUAUGUCUAAUUUCAGCCUUAAUGACCUUAAAAAGAAGGAUUGAAGUGUUGCGAAUGAUGGCUUUAGUGAAGGUGAUUAAUCUUUUGACCUAUAAAUUGUCAAAAGUAGUGAAACACGCCAUGCUGACAUGUUCAUAUUGCUUGUUUUGUUCCAGCGGUCCAGACCUUAAAGAUAUUCACUUUACUAUCAUUACAAAACACAGCAAAUAUUCACUUUUUAGGAGCUCACACUGAUUUUUGAAGCAGAAUUUUUUGCAUUUUGACUUAAUCAAAUAACAGA